GCUUCUACUCAAGAAAAGGUCCUGAUCUCUUUAUCUGAGCAUGUUCAGUCUUUCAGUUGCGCAUGUGCUGGUAAAAAUCUUUCGGAUUUUUGCCGUCUUAUCAUCGGAUAAGUGAUACGCCCUCAAUUGCAUCUUUCCAGAGAAACCGUCUCUUGUAUCCGCCAACAGUAAACGGACGCUGCCUUCAGAAGACCAGCAAGUACCGUCAUCCAAUUCGCCGCGAUGGCAUUUCUUUUCAAUCGCAGCGCUCGUCCGCGGUCGCCGUCAGAUCUGGCCAAGACGACCAGAGAUCUUCUAUCGAAAUUAUGGGAUUUACCCGAGUCACCCAAGAGGAUGAUAUUUCUAAGCAACUUGCACAAAUGAAAUUGAUUACACAGGGAACGCCCGAGAUGGAUAGUACUCCCGCCCUUGUACGCUCCCUGUUCGAUUCGAUGUUACGAGAGGAUCUUCUUUUUCAGCUGGCACAUAGCAUUCGUAAACUGCCCUUUGAGGCACGAAAGGAUACCCAAACCAUCGUUACACAUAUUCUACGGUACAAGCCAAACAGCGGUCCCGGAGACCCCCCAGCGAUCGAUUACAUUGUGCAUCAACGGCCCGAGGUCAUUAUUGAACUUUGCAGGGGCUUCGAAGACCCUCACAGUGCCUUAUCCUGUGCCUCCAUUCUCAAGGAAGCUGUCAAGUCUGAUGUCAUAGCGGCUCUCAUUCUAUACGAUCAAUCAAACGAAUAUGAACCGGCGGUCCGGCUCAAAGACAUCAAUGCCGAGCAACCUCAAACCGGGAAAGGUAUCUUUUGGAGGUUCUUUGAAUGGAUCGAUAGAGGCAGUUUUGAAGUGAGCGCGGAUGCGUUUGCCAUAUUUAGAGACCUUUUGACGCGACAUAAGACAUUGGUCGCCUCGUAUUUAUCCGCAAACUACAGCCUUUUCUUUGGUAGAUACCACCAGAUCCUGAUCCAAUCCGAUUCCUACGUGACGAAACGACAAAGUAUCAAGUUACUAGGAGAAAUCCUUCUAGACCGGACCAACUAUAACGUCAUGACAGCAUACGUCGAUAGCGGUGAUCAUCUUAAAGCUUGCAUGAAUCUCCUUCGAGACGACCGAAAGAUGGUACAAUACGAGGGAUUUCAUGUUUUCAAGGUGUUUGUCGCCAACCCGAACAAGUCGGUGGCUGUGCAAAGAAUUCUCAUAAACAAUCGGGACCGACUGCUGAAGUUCCUGCCCAAAUUCCUAGAGGAUCGCACCGACGACGAUCAAUUCACUGACGAGAAGGCUUUUCUUGUCCGUCAAAUUGAGCUUCUCCCCAGUGAACCAAUCGAACCGAGCUACUCUUCCACCUCGCGACCCAGUGUCAACGCUGCUGCAGCCUGAAAAUACAGAAUGGGACUUGCUCUUUACAGGGCCUAUAUACAUACGCAUGUCUCCACAGACUGUUGAGCCAUGCAACAGCUAACGAAAUGAUGAUUUAAGUCCUAUGCCUUUUUGCUGCUGCUGAUUAGUAGUCUUUCUGUGUUUCGCGCUCGCAUUAUUGUUUAAGAGUCGGUCUCUGAAGCUGAAUUUUUGUUGGGCGCUUGGGAGCUGUUAUAUUAUCAGAACAUGCAUUGGCGUUAUUUCACUGGUUCCAAAAUCUUAGCAGAUGGCACCUUGUCUUUUUCUCUUUUCGUCCAUCUGUGACUUUUGGACCUGGUUCGUUGGAUGUACAGACCGCGCCUGAUUCUGUUUGAGAGGGUUGUUGCAGUAUAUAAAUUUGCUCGCCGAGUGGGUUGUGUAGAUUUCAGCCAGAUCCUCGCCUGGCCACAAAUCGAGAAACCCUCAACCUCAUUCAGAAAAGAAUGUGUACAAUAAUUACCUAGGGGAGUACCCCAAGGUACACAUUUACAUUAUCUAUGUAUCUAUCGAAGACACUGUAGCUACCCCCUCGGAGAACGACUACAUCGACACCUAAGGCAGCAAGAUCUGCAUCCGUCCUGUGUCUGAUUGGCUAGGUUUU